AUGAUUCCAAGGAUAUUUCUGGGUUUAUCGGCGCAGGCGAGAUUAGGCGGAGUUGCCAGAUUAGCCAGAUUAGCCAGAUCUACAACAAUAUCACAACCAGCCACCCUCACACACACCAGAACAUACGCCCAGCCUCCAAACACCACGGCUGUUGAGUCCAUGUCCACUCACACCUUCCAUCAACUCAGCGACAAAGUGUUUGAUUCCCUGGUUGAAACACUGGAAGCUGAAAUCGAAGGCGGUGGAUUCGACGUUGCUCAGUCUUCCGAAGUGGAGUUGAAUUCCGGCGUAUUAACCCUCUCACUUGAUAAAUACGGCACUUAUGUCAUCAACAAGCAGCCCCCAACUAGACAGAUUUGGGUGUCUUCGCCAUUCAGUGGUCCUCGGCGCUACGAGUUUGAUAGCAAUCAGCGCACCUGGCUUGAUGUCAGGGAUGGCUCGUCGCUGAAUAGCAUGCUGGAUGAUGAACUCACUCCUAUUCUAAACACCCAGUUGAAUCUAGGCGAGGGUUGGAUCGAUAGUUGA